GGGGUCCGGCGCCCGCCGCUCCGCCUGGGGGCCCGAGACCUGUCGCUCCGCCUGGGGGCCCAAGACCUGUCGCUCUGCCUGGGGGCCCGGCACCCGCCGCCCCGCCUGGGGGCCCGAUGCCUGUCGCCCCUCCUGGGGGUCCGAUGCCUGUCGCCCCUCCUGGGGGCCCGAUGCCUGUCACCCCGCCUGGGGGCCCGAUGCCUGUCGCCCCUCCUGGGGGGCCCGGCGCCCGCCGCUCCGCUUGGGGGCCCGAUGCCUGUCGCCCCGCCGGGGGGCCCGAUGCCUGUCGCCCCACGGGGGGCCCGAUGCCUGUCGCCCCACCUGGGGGCCCGAUGCCUGUCGCCCCUCCUGGGGGCCCGGUGCCCACCGCUCCGCUUGGGGGCCCGAUGCCUGUCGCCCCGCCUGGGGGCCCGAUGCCUGUCGCCCCACCUGGGGGCCCGGUGCCUGCUGCUUCACCUGUCCGGCCCGAUGUGCCUCUGCCCGGAGUCCGGCCCGAUGUGCCUCUGCCCGGAGUCCGGCCCGAUGUGCCUCUGCCCGGAGUCCAGCCCGAUGUGCCUCUGCCCGGAGUCCAGCCCGAUGUGCCUCUGCCCGGAGUCC